UGCCCGGGGGAAGGCGGCCCCGGCCCCCCGCCUUCCCGCGCUGGGGUUUUGGGCCGACAGGGGGCGUCCUUUGCCACGCUCCUAGAGCUGCCGCUUUGUUUGCAUUCAAAUCCCCGGAGCUGGGGGAGGGGAGAGCCCACAGUAGGGAGACCCGGUCCGGUCUUGGCUGGAAACCUUUGUUUUUCGGAGUGAAAUCCCCAGAUUCUGCAUCUCUGUUCCCGGCCCCGAGCGUCUGGAUUAGUGCAAAUCAGCCUCGUUGGCCUAGUACCUAGGGCAGGGUCCCCAGGGUGCAAUCCCCGAGUUAAAACGUUCAUCAGAGCCGGGGUGGGGAGGGAGGAGGGAAGGGGGAACGUAUGUAGCCCUCCAGGGCCAUUCUUGGGCAUCCCUUCUGGUCCGGGAGAACCCCGUUUCGGCUUCCCCAACCCCUUUCACUUCCCGCCGCCGUGGGGAGAUCCCCGUAAGCCUGCAGCCUCCUCGCCGCCGGCCGCCGCUCCUGCGGAAGGGUCAGGAGAAGCUGAGGGAGCAACAGGACUGGCCCUGGUCAUUUCCACGCCCAUCCCACCCACUUCCUGCCUCCCUCUUGGGCAACAAAGGGGCCUCGGGAAGCUGGGCCCAUUUGGUUCCCGGCCCCACUCCUACUCCGGCACUGCUGAUGUGGAACCGGGUUUGGGCUCUGCCCGGCUAUUGUCUGCGCUGGGGGAGGGGACGGGCUGAGGCCGGGAACUCUGCACGCAGCCUGCUGCACCAAGUCCCCCACUGGAGGUCUUUGCCUAACCGCCGACCUGCCUCUGCCGAGCAAGGGGUAGACCUUCCGAAUUAGGUCUCAGGGCUGGCCGGAGUCCUACCGGUAGCAGGUCCUGUUUCCUACGAUUAUCCUAAGAAACUCUGAAACCUUUUAGACCUGAAGGAGGAAAGGGGUGAAGGGAAAAUCUCUUUCUUAUUUUUUUCUACACAACUCCCUGUUGAAGAGAGGGAGCAGGGAUGGCCUGGAGGCCACAGAAGGCUUUUUGAUGACUGUCCACGCCUAGAACUUGCUGACUCAGUUCCUCCCCUUGCUCUUCUGAGAGACCCCCAGGGCCUCUGGGGGCAGAGCAGGGCUGCUGGACUGAAGUUUAGACCCUGGGUGUCCGCCAUGGCCCCACACUGGGCUGUCUGGCUGCUGGUAGCAGGGCUGUGGGGCCUGGGCACUGGGGCUGAGAGGUGGUGGGACCUUGUGCCCCGGAAGACAGUCUCUUCUGGGGAGCUGGCCACUGUAGUGAGGCGGUUCUCCCAGACGGGAAUCCAGGACUUCCUGACCUUGACCCUGACAGAGCACUCUGGGCUUUUGUACGUGGGGGCCCGAGAGGCGCUGUUCGCCUUCAGCAUAGAGGCUCUGGAGCUGCAAGGAGUGAUCUCCUGGGAGGCCCCAGCCGAGAAGAAGAUCGAGUGUACGCAGAAAGGGAAGAGCAAUCAGACGGAAUGCUUCAACUUCAUCCGCUUCCUGCAGCCGUACAACGCCUCCCACCUGUACGUCUGCGGGACCUAUGCCUUCCAGCCCAAGUGUGCCUACAUCGACAUGCUCACUUUCACCUUGGACCGGGGAGAAUUUGAGGAUGGGAAGGGUAAAUGCCCGUAUGACCCGGCGAAGGGCCAUACCGGACUCCUUGUGGACGGUGAGCUGUACUCAGCCACGCUCAACAACUUCCUGGGUACAGAGCCCGUUAUCCUGAGGAACAUGGGGCCCCACCACUCCAUCAAGACAGAGUACCUGGUCUUUUGGCUGAAUGAACCCCACUUCGUAGGCUCCGCCUAUGUCCCCGAGAGCGUGGGGAGCUUCACGGGAGAUGACGACAAGAUCUACUUCUUCUUCAGUGAGCGGGCCGUGGAGUACGACUGCUAUGCCGAGCAGGUGGUGGCCCGCGUCGCCCGCGUCUGCAAGGGCGACAUGGGGGGCGCGCGGACCCUGCAGAAGAAGUGGACGACCUUCCUGAAAGCGCGGCUGGUGUGCUCGGCCCCUGACUGGAAGGUCUACUUCAACCAGCUGCGGGCGGUGCACACCCUGCCCGGAGCCUCCUGGCACAACACCACUUUCUUCGGGGUCUUUCACGCGCGGUGGGGUGACAUGGACCUGUCAGCGGUCUGUGAGUACCAGCUGGAACAGAUCCAGCACGUGUUCGAGGGGCCCUACAAGGAGUACAGCGAGCAGGCCCAGAAGUGGGCGCGCUAUACCGACCAGGUCCCCACGCCUCGGCCCGGCUCGUGCAUCAACAACUGGCACCGCGACAACGGCUACACCAGCUCCCUGGAGCUGCCCGACAGCACGCUCAACUUCAUCAAGAAGCACCCGCUGAUGGAGGAGCAGGUGAGGCCGCGGCUGGGCCGGCCCCUGCUCGUGAAGAAGAACACGAACUUCACACACGUGGUGGCUGACAGGGUCACCGGGCUGGACGGCACCACCUACACAGUGCUGUUCAUCGGUACAGGAGAUGGUUGGCUGCUGAAAGCGGUGAGCCUCGGGCCCUGGAUCCACAUGAUUGAGGAGCUGCAGGUGUUUGACCAGGAGCCAGUGGCAAGCCUGGUGCUGUCGCCCAGCAAGAAGGUGCUUUUCGCUGGCUCCCGCUCUCAGCUGCUUCAGCUGUCCCUGGCGGACUGCACAAAGUACCGUUUCUGUGUAGACUGCGUCCUGGCCCGGGACCCGUACUGUGCCUGGAACGCCAACACCAGCAGAUGCGUGGCCGCCGCCAGCGGUCACUCAGGCAGAUCCCUUCUGAUCCAACAUGUGGCCAACUUGGACGCCUCAAAGAUGUGUAACCAGCAUGGCAUUAAGAAAGUGAGGCCUCCCAAGAACAUCACAGUAGUAGCAGGCACGGACCUGGUCCUCCCCUGCCACCUCUCAUCCAAUUUGGCCCAUGCCCGCUGGACCUUCAAAGACGGGGACCUACCUACAAAACAACCCAGCUCCUUCCUUUAUGACCCGGGACUCCAGGCGCUGGUGCUGAUGGCCGCCCAGCCCCGCAACACUGGGCUUUAUCACUGCGCUUCAGAGGAGCAGGGCACAAGGCUGCCUGCGGAGAGUUACCUUGUCACUGUGGUGGCCGGCCCGUCGGUGACCCUGGAGGCCCGCGCUCCCUUGGAAAACCUGGGGCUUGUAUGGCUGGCCGUGGUGGCCCUGGGGGCUGUGUGCCUGGUGCUGCUGCUGCUGGUUUUGUCGCUUCGGCGGCGGCUGCGAGAAGAGCUAGAAAAAGGCGCCAAGGCAGCCGAGAGGACACUUGUGUACCCCCUGGAACUGCCCAAGGAACCGACCAGUCCGCCCUUCCGGCCGGGCCCCGAGACGGACGAGAAACUGUGGGAUCCUGUCGGCUACUACUAUUCAGACGGCUCUCUGAAGAUCGUGCCCGGCCACGCCCGGUGCCAGCCCGGGGGUGGGCCCCCGUCCCCCCCUCCUGGCAUACCUGGCCAGCCUCUGCCUUCUCCCACUCGGCUCCACCUAGGGGGUGGUCGGAACUCAAAUGCCAACGGUUAUGUGCGCUUACAGUUGGGAGGAGAGGACGGAGGGGGCCACGCGCUGCCCGAGCUCGCGGACGAGCUGAGACGGAAACUGCAGCAGCGCCAGCCACUGCCCGACUCUAACCCAGAGGAGUCUUCAGUAUGAGGGAGCCCCCCCCACUCAGCGGCGGGGGGGUUUCCGCAUUUGCACAGGCACCAGCUACCUCAGGGACAUGGUGGGGGCACUUGCUCUGCCUGGGACGGACGCUGCCCAGCACUUGCCCAGCCAUGAGGACCUGCUCAGCACGGCACUGCCACUUGGUGUGGCUCACCAGGGCAUCAGCCUCACAGGAGGUGGGCACACCCUCCUCCGGGAAUCGCAGACACGUGGAACCCCAGCAGCCAAAACCUAGCAAGUUUCAAGACUGUGGGUGUGUUUGUGCAUGUAUGUAUGUGUUGAUGUGUGUACGGGGUUACAAGCACCGUGUGUGGUGUGGUGUGUGUGUGUGUGUGUGUGUGUGUGUGUGUGUGUAUAUGUAUGUGUGUGUGUGUGUGUGUGUGUGUGUGUGUGUCUCACAACCUUCCCGUCUCUAUCAAGUCUUCCCUUGGCCUGGGGUUCUCCUGGUGAGUCUUUGGAGCUAUGAAGGGGAAGGGGGGUCAUACCACUUUGCCUCUCCUACCCCCAGCUGUCCCGAGCUUGGAACAGUGGUGUACAUACGGGGAUGGGAUGGACAGGGUGUUGUACCCCUUUUGGGGGAGUGCAGGACUCAGGGCGGGCCUGGUCCUGCUCCUAGGGCUGUGAAUGUUUUCAGGGCGGGGGUUGGGGGUGGAGAUGGAGCCUCCUGCUUCAGGGGGAAGGGUGGGCAGGGCCUCCCGCUUGGCCUCUGGGUUCAGUGGUAUUUUGUACUUGUGCUCUUCCGACAGGGCUGGGAAAGGUUGGGGGAGGGGAGGGAGAGGGCGGGCAUGCUGUGGAUACUGGCAUAUCCUCUCCCAGCCCUAGGAAAAGGGCUAACAGUGUAAUUUAUUGUGUCCCACAUAUUUAUUUGUUGUAAAUAUUUGAGUAUUUUUAUAUUGACAAAUAAAAUGGAGAAAAUGAAACUUAGCCCUGGUGCACAGA